UCCAACCUGAGGAGCAGGCAGCUAGCGACCCUCCACUGGCGUUGGCUAAUUCAGCUUAGUAUUGAGGGUGGUCGUGGGACCAAAACCGCGACGAGCUGUGCGUAUUUUCCUCACAGACGAGAAGGAACGGUUACUACAAGAAAGGCCGAGACGUCAGCCUCGUCACGCUUGGGCAAGUCCAAUGCAGAAAAUAUGAGUAAACGGGAUAAUUCUCUUGCCUGGCCAAAUCCCUUAACGCCACAGACAACACCAGCAACAACAUCCAUGUUACUGGCUCCUGCUGCAAUCCUGCUUUGGUUCCGGAGCAACAAUUAAAAGGGACCAGCUUGUCUCCUAUUGUUCUAUUUUAUUUCGGGAAAAGACGCGGUUUUGUCUCUAGGCGCUCGUAUAGCCUACGCGAAUAACAGUCUCACAGCCUUAUGUUGUAAACGCAUAUAAUCCACCAGUCUGUUAGUUGGAUGUUUACGCUUUAAAAUGGCUGCUGAACUGGGUAUUUUGGAUCAGAAUGAAGAUCUAGAAUAAGAUGCCGUGAAUGUUUUAAUAUCUUGUCCCUAAGACUUUUACAGGGGACAAUGCGCCGCUUCCAACAUUUUUGCAGUAUUGUGCGCUUUGGAGAAUUUUCCACCCGUCACUGCAGGAGGUAACGUAGGAAAUUCCUUCUGUUCGAAACACAAUGAGGCGAGCCAUCAUUUAUACCUGUAGUCACAUUUGAAUAUAUAUAUUCAUCGGAAAUACACGGACAUUUCUCUAGUAUGUGUUCAUCGUUGGAAUCUUAUAGCGUUCGCUGCGUCCUGUAACGGUAGCCUAUUGAUUCUGCCUGACAGAAUUUUCCUGAUCAGUUUCUGAAUGGAUCCCCCAGCUAAUUGAAACAGUCUGGGUACCACGAAAGCAGAGACUCGGCUUCGCCUCUACUCAUCGGAAGGCCUUGCUCGCUGCCUCCACACAGCAGGAAAAUGGAUGGUGGGAAAAUGCUAAGAACUGAGGUGCUUUUUCUCAGACAGAGGACAUACACGAGCUCUGGACUGCAAGACGUCAACAGAUAUCUAUUGUUGUGCGUUAUGUUCUACCUGGUGCUCAUCACGCACGCUUCUCCCUCGAAAACCUGUGACAAAAACUGUCUUUCUGGGAAAUGCAUCAAUGGGACAUGCGUCUGUGACCGAGGAUGGGUAGGAGACCAGUGUCAACACUGUCAGGGCCGAUUCAAGUUAACGGAACCUUCGGGGUACCUCACUGACGGCCCAAUCAAUUACAAGUAUAAAACCAAAUGCACCUGGCUGAUCGAGGGAUACCCAAAUGCGGUCCUGAGGUUGCGCUUCAACCACUUUGCCACCGAGUGCAGCUGGGAUCACAUGUAUGUCUACGAUGGAGACUCCAUCUACGCCCCUCUGGUGGCUGUGUUUAGUGGCCUAAUAGUUCCAGAGGUGCGUGGGAAUGAGACGGUUCCAGAGGUUGAGACUACUUCAGGCUACGCACUCCUCCACUUCUUCAGCGAUGCUGCCUAUAAUCUCACUGGCUUUGAGAUCUUCUACUCAAUCAACUCGUGUCCGAACAACUGCUCGGGCCACGGCAAGUGCACGACGGGCAACUCCAUCGCCAGCCGCGUGUACUGCGAGUGCGACGAGUACUGGAAGGGCGAGGCCUGCAACAUCCCUUACUGCCGCAACAAUUGUGGCAGCCCCGACCAUGGCUACUGCGACCUGACCGGCGAGAAGCUCUGCGUUUGCAACGAGAGCUGGCAAGGUCCAGAUUGUUCUCUGACCGUCCCGUCCACGGAGUCCUACUGGUUCAUGCCAAGCGUGAAGCCCUUCGGGACGUCGUUGGGCCGGGCGUCCCACAAGGCUGUGGUGCAGGAAAAGGUCAUGUGGGUAGUGGGCGGCUACACCUUCAACUACAGCUCCUUCCAGAUGAUCCUCAACUAUAAUCUGGAGAGUGGCAUCUGGAACACCGUGCCCAUCAGUAGCGGACCCCUGCCGAGAUACGGACACUCCCUCGCCCUCUACCAGGAUGACAUCUACAUGUUUGGCGGGAAGUUGGAGAUGGGCGCGGGCAACGUGACGGACGAGCUGUGGGUCUUCAACAUUCCGAGCCGGACGUGGUCGCAGAGGUCGCCGGCCACGCAAGCGCACACGGGCCAGGUGUUCGCCGUGGAGGGCCACUCGGCCCACGUGGUCGAGCUGGACAACGGCGACCCGGUCAUGGUGGUCAUCUUCGGCUACUCGUCCAUCUACAGUUACAUCAGCAACGUGCAGGAGUACAACAUCAGGACAAAUGAGUGGCAUAUCCCCGAGACUCGAGGGGCGAUUUCUCUGGGUGGCUAUGGCCACAGCAGCGUGUACGACCCGGGCAGCAAGUGCGUGUUCGUCCACGGCGGCUACAAGUCCCUGCCCAACAAGAACAAUAACAAAUACGGCCUGGUGGACGACCUGUACCGCUACGAAGUCCCCACGCGCACGUGGACGAUCCUGAAGGAGAGCUUAUAUCCCCGCUACCUGCACUCCUCCGUUCUCCUGGGCGGAACCCUCCUCAUCUUCGGUGGUAACACCCACAACGACACAUCGCUGAGCAACGGCGCCAAGUGCUUCUCCACCGACUUCCUGGCGUACGACAUCGCUUGUGAUGAGUGGAAGGUCCUUCCUAAACCAAAUCUCCAUCGUGAUGUGAACCGCUUUGGACACACAGCUGUAACCAGCAAUGGGUCCAUGUAUGUGUUUGGGGGCUUCUCCAGCGUGCUCCUGAAUGACGUCCUCGUCUACCGGCCGCCCAAUUGCGAGGCCUUCGUGGACGAGAAGCGCUGCGUGGCGGCCGGCCCUGGGGUCCGCUGCGUCUGGGUCCAUAGCCGCUGCGUGUCCUGGGCGCCGGGCCCCUUCAACGGCACCAUGGACGCCCCCUUCUGCCCUCUGAAACCCGCCCCCAUUGACGAGCGCUGCUAUCGUUUCUCGGACUGUGCCAGCUGCACCUCCAACACCAAUGGCUGCCAGUGGUGCGACGACAAGAAGUGCAUCUCGGCCGGGAGCAACUGCUCAGUGCCGGUGAAGAACUUUACGCGCUGCACUUUGAGGAACGAGCAGAUCUGCGCCAAGCUGGUCAACUGCAAGAGCUGCUCCCUCAACCGCAACUGCCAAUGGGAUGCCCAGCAGCAGGAGUGCCACGCCCUGCCAGCUCAGCUCUGCGGGGAAGGCUGGAGCCAUGUCGGGGAGGUGUGCCUGCGCAUCAACUCGAGCCGCGAGAGCUACGACAAUGCGCAGCACUACUGCAAAAACCUGGACGGAAGCAUCGCAUCGCUCACCAAGGCCAAGCAGGUGGACUUUGUCCUGGAGGAGUUGCAGAAAUACCAGCUGCAGGAGAAGAAGCUGUCGCCGUGGGUCGGCCUGCGCAAGAUCAACGUGUCGUACUGGGCGUGGGAGAACACGGCGCCGUUCGCCAACACCUCGCUGCAGUGGCUGGCCGGCGAGCCCAGCGACUCGGGCUUCUGUGCCUACCUGGAGCUCAGCGACAGCACGGGCCUCAAGGCCAACGCCUGCACCGCCACCACUGAUGGCCUCAUCUGCGAGAAGCCUGUCGUAAGCCCCAAUCAGAAUGCCCGCUCCUGCAGGAAGCCGUGCUCGCUGCGUACCAGCUGUGCCAACUGCACCAGCCAGACCAUGGAGUGCAUGUGGUGUGCCAGCACCAAGCGCUGCGUCGACUCCAACGCCUACGUCAUCUCCUUCCCUUAUGGCCAGUGCCUGGAGUGGCAGACCGGAGAAUGUGUGUCUCAGAACUGCUCGGGGCUGCGGACCUGCAGUAAGUGCCUGGAGCAGCCGGAAUGCGGCUGGUGCGGUGACCCCAGCAACACGGGCCGGGGCCAGUGCAUGGAGGGCUCGUACCGCGGGCCCAUGCGCAGCCCGGCCAAGCUCAACCAGGCCCAGGGCCAGCAGGGCAACGCGCUCACCCACAGCCAGGACAUGGUGCUGGAGCCUGCCCUCUGCCCCAAAGACAAGGGCUACGAGUGGGCCUUCAUUCAGUGCCCUGCUUGCCAGUGUAAUGGCCACAGCACUUGCGUGAACGGCAGCGUUUGUGAACAGUGCAGAAACCUCACCACGGGCACUCAGUGCGACACCUGCAUGCCCGGUUACCACGGAGACCCAACCAACGGCGGCAAGUGCCAAGCCUGCAAGUGCAGGCAUGCCAACGUGUGCCAGGUGAUGACGGGCAAGUGUUACUGCACCACCAAGGGGAUCAAGGGGGACCAGUGCCAACUAUGUGACUCCGAGAACCGUUACCUUGGCAACCCCCUGAGGGGAACCUGUUACUACAACCUACUGAUCGACUACCAGUUCACGUUUAGCUUGCUCCAGGAGGAUGACCACUACUACACCGCUAUCAACUUCAUGGCCCAGCCGGAGCAGACGAACAAGAACUUGGACAUGUCCAUCAAUGCCUCCAAUAAUUUCAACCUCAACAUCACCUGGUCUGUUGGAUCAACAGCCGGAACCAUCUCAGGCGAGGAGGUCCCCAUCGUGUCCAAGACAAACAUCAAAGAGUACCGUGACAGCUUCUCUUCGGAGAAGUUCAGCUUCCGGAGUAACCCCAAUAUCACUUUUUACGUCUAUGUCAGCAACUUCUCCUGGCCAAUCAAAAUCCAGAUCGCCUUCUCUCAGCACAACAGCAUCAUGGACCUGGUGCAGUUCUUUGUGACAUUUUUCAGCUGUUUCCUGUCUCUGUUGCUGGUGGCUGCAGUCGUGUGGAAGAUCAAGCAGACCUGUUGGGCAUCUCGUCGACGUGAGCAACUGAUGCGGGAGCGGCAGCAAAUGGCGAGUCGACCCUUUGCAUCGGUGUCUGUGGCCCCAGAGGUGGGCUGUGAAUACGUCAAGCUACUGCAGGGGGGAUCUGAGGGCCCCCCCAAACCUGUUGCCAUGGAGCCAUGUUCAGGGGGCAAGGCGGCCGUGCUGACGGUGCUCAUCUGUCUCCCACGCAGCCCCUCUGGAGUCCCACCGCCUGGCCAGUCAGGCAUUGCCAUAGCCAGCGCUUUGAUUGACACCUCCCAACAGAAACCCAUGGACUUCAAGGAGAAGAGCCAGGGUCUGAAGAACCGCAAAGCCCUCCCCCCAGCACACCAGGGCACCUGUGUCUGAGUCUCCGUUCUACUCGCUCUCUCUUUUACCCCUCUGCCCCCCUCUUGGCCGUCCCGAACCUCCGCGGGGUAGAGGAUGGAGGGGGCUCACCCUGUUUUGGCCGAACUUCCCCACCACUGCAGCCUGUCCAGCUGCCGCCGUUGUGUUGAUGAGGGAGGAAGAGAGAGGCUCCUCUUUCAAGUGAUUGGGGAACCCAUUCAGUAGCAGCGUGUUUUAAGCUCCCAUCUGCCCCCGACUUCCCCCCUCCAUUCCCACCGCUUCGCCACAUCUGCUGCUUCACCUCCUCUCCCUGAGCUGUCAAUCAAAGGCUCCCCUCUUUUCCCUGUUUCCUCCUCCUCCUGCUCCUCCUCCUCACAAGUCAUCUGCAGCUACAUACCUGCAUGUCCAAAGUGCAUCUUGUCCUUCGUCGGAGCGUCACCAUAUGCUUUUGCUAUCUCCAGCAUCCUUAACCCUCCUCCAGCAUUGAACCACAUUUAGCAUCCUGGCAACUCCCAACCUUCUCCAGUGGUGGCUAGUUUCCACCUGUGCACCUUCACGGCCUCGGAGGGAUCGACCGUCACCUUCAACUCCCCCAGUUCCCCUCCCGUCCCGGUUUAGUGCCAUGUCAACUGACAUCGGAGGAAAAAGCACCUACCAACCCUGGCUGGGAUCGAUCACCCCAAAAUGUGCAAGUUCAACAGUGGGCGCCAGGUUAUUACACUUGGGACCGAUCAUCCCAGGACGGCCUCCAGUUUUUGUUGUUGUUGUUGUUGAUGCUUCAUCAAUAGAUGAUCCCAGAAUUGCCGUGGUGCACAAUUAGCUCUGGGGACAGGAAGGUUAAAGUUUUGCGUUUGGGAAAAUGCACAGAACGGGGGAAACUGUAAAUGCUUACUACUAGCAGUUUUUCUGUGGUUCCUAGGUCAAUACCAUGGACGUUGAAAAAAUAUUGUUCAGUGGUUUUAAUUUUACACUCCUAUGUUUGCUUGCCAAUUUGACAUAUUUUUUUCCCGACUGAGCCACUUAAUCACUCUUGUAUUUCUAGCUAUUACGGCUCAUUUUAUUUAAUUAAAAACAAUUGCCAUGUGUAGCGUCUAAAAGCUAUCACAAUCUUUUUAAGCUAAAGCAAAGUAAAGGCUGCUGGCUGCUUUGUUCUACAGUAGGAAGAGAGAGAACGCACAGUUCUAACAUUGUUUGAUGGCUCACAUAUACAUACCUACACACCCACACACAUCCAAAUAAACACUCAAAAAGAUUGUGAGUGCUAAACAAGUUUGUCAACAGCUUUUUGUCCUCAUUUAUGUGGAUAAAAGCGUCUGGAUUGACACACACAAACACACACACACACUCCAUUAUGAUUAAACAGAAUGUAAAGUACUAUACGCUGCACACAGUGUGUCUGUACGUGCUCUUGAUGUCCGUCGCGUUGCCUGACGUCUUCACAAGAUGCAAACUAGCGCAGGUGCUCUUAGGGCUAGUGUUCCAUUCGAUCAUCAUUCGUCGGAUCACUGAUCAAAAAGGGGGCUGUGGGGGGAGACAAUGUUCUCCAAAAGACUCAGUGACCCAGUGAGCUAACUCCAUUUUGAAUGGGCAAUGGGCUGCUAGACAGCGCAUCCUCUGUGUCAUAAGCAUGGCAAAAAAAUGAAGGGAGAUUUAUGUCUAAAUAAGAAGAGAAAGAAAUGGCAGCCCCUUUUUACAAAUGAACUUGGAGGGCUUUUGUUUUGUUUUGUUUUGUCUGGUUUGUUUUGUUUUGUUUUUAGCUGGUAUGUUUAUGAUGUUGUUUAUAAAGCAGAUGAAUAUUCUGCCUGUUGUGUAAUAUUCUGUUUAUAUAAUAUGCUGUGGAUCUCCAGAGAAGCUGUUACUGUGGACGAUUUAUGAUGUUUCUUUUUUUUGUUUGUUUUGUUUUCGGUUAGAUGUUAUUAUUUUCUUGGCAAGGUUCAAUACAGGUCUGCCAGAAGGACAUUUGCAUUGUGGGCAGGUCACGUCUCCAAAAACUCUGGAGUCCUCUGAUUGAACACGUCACAUUUUGUGGCACAGGAGUGUCUUAAUUAAAAAGCUGUUGUUAGACAGACCCCACUGCCCUCCCCCAUGCGUCCACCGUGAGCCCCCAACCCUCCACAAUUUUAUGACGCUCUCAGUGACCUCUCGCUGGCCCGACUGGAAUGUUCUGAAUGGAGUUGCAGCUUCGGGCCAUCCAAGUCUGAUAAGCUGGACAGGCCACCUCAGCGUUAGUGGACCUUCAGGACUUCUGGGUUGCUGCUUCUGUCAGCCCUAAAGAAACCUUAUUAAUGGAGGGGAUGGGGAUUUGAUUGGUUCUUUGUCUCCAUGGGAACACUGAGAAUAUGUACAGCACGCCCUACAUGUUUGUAUGACAUGGACUUAAAACAUGUGAAUCAAAUGUGAAUCUGUUGCUAUUUACGUAGCUACUUUAUUUCAUUUUUGUUUUGUUUUGUUUCUUUCCCUGAUGUUUUUAAUAAAGAAUAUUAUGAGGACAACAUUUAUUUUAGAGCCCAACCUCUGUAUUAUAUCUCCAAGGAUAAUGACGGUGAUGAAAAAAAAAACAAUGUCUUUUACAAUGUUUGUGACAAAAGAAAAAAUAAUGUUUGUUUUCAUAAUGGAUCAACUCCUGUGUACUAUCACUGUUAUUACACUUUUAGUUUAUUAACAUUUUUUUGUAUUUGCAAUGUCACUCAGUAGUUGCUGCUGUGCAACUGUUCCAGUAUGGAGCACUUGGGCAUUGUAAAGUUAUUUUCUUUUUUCCAGAUUGUAAUAUUGUAGUAAUAGUGUACAUGUCAUUUUGACCUUAUUAAAGCCUAUUUGCGGAUGUGAAA